UCUCCGCCAUGGAGUUGGAGGAUGACUUCGAGCUACCCUGAAGUUGCAAAGGAAUUGGCCACGUGCCCCUUCAAUGCUCGCCAUCUAGUUCCUCAGGCUGACCUCAGCGAUCACAUAACGAAGUGCAAUGACAAAGGGUUCAUUGAGCAAGAUAUAGUGAAUCAGUCCUCUGGCUUCCAGAGAGAGCAGAUGAAUGCUGUGAGCACGUGGCAGGCACCUCCAUGUGAUGAAGACUGGGAAACAGAGUCGCUGGAGCAGUCACAUUCCCCUUUUGUUUGGGGCAUGACCAACUCUGGCAUAAACAGUUCCAGUGCCACCUUUGAACAAAAGAAUUGCUUGCCUUCGAGAGUACGUGCCCCUGAGUCCUUCCCAUAUGCCGUAUCAUGGAAAGGCUAAAGCAUCCUGAUCACGCCUUUGCAGCUUCAAGCCAUAAGCCUUAACUUUGCCACGUGGGUGCGUGGUGCUUCAAGUCAUACAAUAAUGGGGAAUCCUCUGU